AUGAAAUUCUUCAUCAUUUCUUCAAUGGUUUUGGCUGUUUGUAUGGCUGCUGCUGUUGCUAAUACUGCAGAAAGUGCCGAGCUCAAAGAGAUCAAGGCUCUUAUCGCUAAAUUAGAAACCGGUCUCGAGAGUUUGAGCUUCGAAUUUAAAUCGUGAGUUUAUAUGGAGUUCCUAAGGAGCUUUGAAGGAUCUCAAAAAGGCCCUUAAGAGUCCUAAAGUCUCCUAGAGGCUCGGAAAAGAGCUGAAGAGCCCAGAAAAGCUGUACGAUCCUAAAGAGUUUAAUAUAGUACCUUCCUUAGAACUUUAAAAACUCUGACUUAAGUUCAAUAGUCCUUAAGGCUCCUAGAAGCUCUAGAAGAAUCCUUAGAAGGACCUAAAACCAUCCCAACACCAAAUCCUUCCAGCGCCGUUACAAAAAUCACUGCCAAAUGCACAUCUUCCUCCUCAUUCGGCUCACUUUUCUCCGAUUCCUAUGUGAAACCAGGAUCCACCUCAAACUUCAACGAAGAAUCGAUUCGUCAAGAAGUGUUGAACAUUUUGAAGGUAUCAAAAAUCGCGCAAAAACAAAAACGCUCUUGUUUUCAGGGAGGAAACAACCAGAACAACAAUAACUUUGGCAACUUCUUGAGAAGCCGCUUCCCAGAAAACUACCAAAUCCCAAUCUACAUUCAAGGAGGAGCCCAAGCUCAACCAUCCGCUUCGUACAUUCCAGUUGCUCAAGGAGCAUACGCUUCAGCUCCAGCUCAAGUUGCCACAACUUAUACCGUUCAACAACAAGCUCCAGCUGUCGCCUAUCAAGCUCAACCAGCUCCAGUUCAAGUGCAAUAUAGUGCACCGGCUCCAGUUCCAGCUCAAUAUGCUCCUCAAGUUCAAGUUCCAGCUUCUGGCUCAUAUGCUACAGCUCCAGCUGCUGCUCAAUACGUUACUUCAAAGAAGAAGUAA